CUCGUUUCACAGUGCGACGAGAAAACUGAACAAAACGCAAUGUCCGUACGCCAUUACUGUCGAGAGGAGCUCCGGAAGGUUCUCUCGAAGUAUAUUCGGUUUUAUCGUUACAAACCGACUUUAAAUGCAGAAUAACGUUACGGAACUGACGCAGAGGUUACUGAGAGCACUGGAUAGCAAUUACAAUGUCAUCAACUUGCCAGAAGUCGUCCAGAUUAUUUCGCAUUUGGAAAAAGUGGCUAUUACCAAAGAAUUACUGGAGACCACCAGACUGGGUAAAUAUGUGAACGAACUAAGACGAAGAACGACAGACCAGGAGCUGUCGCGUACCGCCAAAGAGUUACUAAAAAAAUGGCGCAGCAUGGUGCUACCGGAGACCAACGGUCAACUGAAGCAAAGCACCCAACCGAGCCGGGCCCCCAGCACGGAGCUCAGCCCCCCUUUACAGGGCCAGCAGAGCAUCAAACCCCGCAUCAGUCCCGGACCACCGAAAAAAGUCAGUCCGCCGGUACCGAUUCCGAAGAUGGUCAGUCCCGCCCUGCAGAGUCGCCUCGCGGCCCCCUCGAUCCAAACGCUAGUCAGUCCGCAGCUGCAAAAGAGGCUCGUCAGUCCUCACGCGAAAAUGGCGAGUCCGCAGCCGAAGGUGGCGAGUCCUAGUCAAACGGCGAGAACGCGGGUGAGUCCCAAGUUGCCGCCGGGGGCGGAUCUGGUCCCGGUGGUGAGUCCGACGUUGACGUUGGGAGCGGACGUCAACCUGAAUCAGGUGAAACAGGGCAAAAAGAGGCCGAUCGGAGGGGCGGACGGUGCGGGGGCGCCGGAUUCGGUCAACCCGAAAAGGUCGAGACUGAACGGUGGCGUAACAGACCUGGACAUCUCGGACAGUUCGAAUUCCUGCUUCCAAGACGUCAACUCCUCGUCCGCCUUACAGAACUUGGAACCGAAACGCGAGGGCGGUGACGUGAUCGUGGUCAAUUCCGACUCGAACUCCAGCUUCCCGGACAAAACCGUCUCGGACGACCUCUCGUCCGAUCAAAUACCAAAGAAACGAGGCAGAAAAAAAGGUUCGAAGAACCACAGGAGUCUCUUGGACGAGGCGGAGACCAGUUUCACGAAUAAACUGGCGGUGUCCGCCUCGCGGGGCGGUUCGAAGGUGAAGACCACCCAGGAAAUAUUGGCGGGCAUCCAGAAUAAGAACACGGUGGCCGCCCUGAGCGCCGCCGCCGGCAUCACCCGACCCUCCUUCGAGGAUUUGGAGGAGAAGGCGGCCAAGUUGACCGAGAGGGUCUCGAUGAUCGAUCGGAAACUGAACGCCAACUCUAGGAAUAAGAAUUCUCAAAAAAGUAAACUAAAUUUAGGUGCUACAAAAAACGAGCGGGUAAUCGAGAGUGGGUCCGUGAUCAACGACAAGAGCCUCCUGGACCGACUGAAAAGAGAGAAACGCGGCGAGCAGAACGAGUUGGAGGAGGAGGAGGAAGAAGAAGAGGAUGAGGAGGACGAGGAGGAAAUCGUGGUCGACGAUACGGAGUCUGCUGGUGGUGGUAAGGAGAGCCAAGAGACUGAGCGCGGCGGUGGAACGGAGGACCAACUAUUUACGGGAGCAAAGUCCCUAAGCGAGGAGGAGGCUCUCGCCCUGCUGCCGCCCGUCGACCGGUCCGUUUUGGACGUGCCGGACCCGGAACCGCCGUGCACGUGCCUCCUCAAAGAGAACCAGCGGAGAUUCGCGAGCGCCUUUUCGAUCGGGGACGAGGAGGUAGGCGGCGACCGGCCGCCCUCGCCGCCCCCCUUCGAGGUGAUCGAGGAUCCCGCGUGUCCCGCCCGUCACUACAUCGAACACAAGUAUCGGGUGCACGACGUGUCCGAAGAGAAAAUUCGGAGGUUACACGAGUCGUUUCUGCCGAAUAUUAACGGUAAUUGGAGUUUGGGGACCCCGCGACCGGAAGCCUUUACCAACGAGGACGGUCUGUACGCCAACGUAGUGCCUAAUAUUUACGAACGUUUAGAUAAGGAUGUGAAACCAUUCGAUUCGUUCAAGAAGUACAGCGUUUCGGAAGAAGGUGAUCCGAUGGUGAAGGAGCCGCACAAUGUGAUAAAGGAGGAGGAGGAGGAUCGGAAAGUGAACGGCGGCAACCGGUCGUCGCUCGUUAGUGACAAACAAGAAAUCGGUGUGAUAAACGCGAAUAGUGAUACGAACGGUGACGACGGUGAUCGGACAGCAACCGGGGGGGGACAGUUGGAAGUGUUCAGGGAGUGGUACGAGUGCAUCGACACACCCAGUUAUCACGGGGACGCCCUGAGGAUUCUGCCAUACUGUAUCGUAGAUUAGUAUUUUGUUUUUAUUAUUAUUAUUAUUAUUAUUAUUAUUAUUAAUAUUAUUAUUGAUUUUU